UCCUUUGUUUCUGCCGCACCUGCCUCCUUGGAACCACCUAUUUUGACGCUGGGCAGGUCACAAUGGCACAACAGAUAUCCGCUGGGAUGUCCUUCUUUGGAGGAAGGGGAUUCAGUUCUGCAUCUGCCAUGGGUGGACUAGGUGGGCACAGAACCUACGUGGCCUCUGUAGGCCAUCCUAUCGGAAACGAAUACGGGGUCCGUUGCUUCGGCAGCCAAAGUCUUUCCAAUCUGGGUGGAAGCGGAAGAAUUUCUUACGGUGGCUAUGGCGGUUCCGGUUCUGGAUGUUAUAGUGCCUACGGUGCUUAUGGUUAUGGUCAUAUGGGUUAUGGUACUAUGGGUUUUGGUGGCAGGAUGGGUCAUAUCGGAAAUGGAGGGCUUGGCGGAGGAUAUUCCAACUUCAGAGGUGACGGCAUCCGAGGAGUCACCAUCAACGAGAAGCUCCUGAAGCCCCUCCAUGUGGGAGUUGACCCACAGGAGCAGGAAGCACGGAACCACGAGAGGGAAGAGAUGAAGACCCUGAAUGACCAGUUUGCCUGCUUCAUUGAUAAGGUCCGAUACCUGGAGCAGCAGAACAAAGUUCUUGACACCAAGUGGAGACUUUUACAAGAGUGUGCCCUGCCAGCGAGGAAGAACCUUGAACCAUACUAUGAGAAUUUCAUCAGCAACAUGAAAAAGCAGCUUGACUGCUUAUUAAGUGAAAGAGACCAUCUAACCAGUGAAGAAGCUUCCAUUCAGCAGCUGGUGGAGGAAUUCAAGACUGGGAACAAAAUUUUGGAGCUCCUUUUGGAAUGCAACAGGGAGGAUGUGGACUGUAUCUUUCUGAGCAAGGCAGAGCUGGAGGGGAAAGUGGAUCUGCUGAGUCGGGAGCUGGAAUUCCGUAGAUGUGUCCAUGCAGAGGAGCUAGCACAGCUAGACUGUCAUGUCUGCGACACAAACAUCCUUCUGCAAAUGGACAACAGCCGAAACAUAGAUGCUGACCUCAUUAUCAAAAAUGUCGAAGCCUGGUAUCAGAGCAUCGCCCAGAAGAGCAAAGAAGAGGCGAAUGCUUUAUACGAAAGCAGGUUCCUAGAGCUUCAGCAGCAGAAAGGGAAAUAUUCUAAUGAUCUGAAGAUCAACCAACACGCGAUUGCUGAUCUGACCCGGUUGUUCAAUAAGUUGCAGUCUGAACAUGACUUAGUGAAGAAGCAGGUUGAUUGUUUGCAGUCAUCCAUUUGUGAUGUUGAGCAGCGUGGUGACGUUGCUCUUAAAGAUGCCCGGGAUAAGCAAACCGAGCUGCAAACAGCACUACAGAAGGCCAAGGAUGACCUGGCUCGCUUGCUGAAGGACUACCACGAGCUUUUGAACACCAAGCUGGCCCUGGAUAUUGAAAUUGCUACAUACAAGACAAUGCUGGAGGGAGAAGAGAGCAGGAUCUACGCAGGCAAUUUUGUCAGUAUCGAUGUUGUCAAGCCUCCCUAUACUGAAGAUGUCAUUGGCUACCCAGCAUAUGGUCCAAUUGGAGGAGGAUAUGGUGGAGUAUGUGGAUUAGGCUAUGGUGCAGAUUUCUGCAGACGAGGAUUUGGACGAUGCAGAAGACGUGGGAGCUACUGCUGUGGAGGAGUAUAUGGUGGAGACUACAGUGGUGGGUACAGUGGAGGAAGAAAUGAUGGAGGAUAUGGAAGACGUAGGAGCUGGAGUGGCGGCUGUGGAACAGGAUAUGGAGGAGCGAUGGCUGGUGGCUAUUGUAGAGGAUAUGGCGGAAGCUCUGGCGGAGGAUACAGUGGUGGAGGAGGAUACGGUGGAAGCUCUGGUGGAGGAUACGGUGGAAGCUCUGGCGGAGGAAACAGUGGUGGAGGAGGAUAUGGUGGAAGCUCUGGCAGAGGAUAUGGUGGGAGCUCUGGCGGAGGAAACAGUGGUGGAGGAGGAAAUGGUGGAAGCUCUGGCAGAGGAUACGGUGGAAGCUCUGGCGGAGGAAACAGUGGUGGAGGAGGAUAUGGUGGAUGCUCUGGCAGAGGAUAUGGUGGUAGCUCUGGCGGAGGAAACAGUGGUGGAGGAGGAUAUGGGGGAAGCUCUGGCAGAGGAUACGGUGGGAGCUCUGGCGGAGGAAACAGUGGUGGAGGAGGAUAUGGUGGGAGCUCUGGCAGAGGAUAUGGUGGAAGCUCUGGCGGAGGAAACAGUGGUGGAGGAGGAUAUGGUGGAAGCUGUGGCGGAGGAUACAGUGGUGGAGGAGGAUAUGGUGGAGACUACAGUGGAGGACGUGGAGAAGGAAAUGAUGGAGAAUCUGGAAGACGUAGGAGAAGAAUGUCAGGUAGAGGCUCCCAUGGAGGAGACAGUGGAGGCUCUGGCCAAGAAAAUGGUGGAGGACUUGGAGGGGGGUCUGGUGGACAAUAUAGUGGAGGACGCAGAAACUGGAGCUCGAGAAGUGGUGAAUACUGCCCAAGGAGCAGCACUAGUGGGGGUCAAGGCUCUGGAGGGGCAGAAUACUCAGGAAGGGGAUAUAGUUCCAGAAGUGCACAAGGAUCAGCCAGUAAUAUGGGCCAGCAAGGUGUCUCUGGAGGCUGGACUUCUGGUGGCAUCCCAUAUGGAGGUGGAGGCUUUGUUCCCAAGAUUGUAGGUGGCCCUGUAAUUGUGGGGGGAUGUCCUGGAAUUGGGGGAGGUUUAAAUGUAGGAUGUGUGCCCACUGUAGGAAUACCAGCAGUUGGAUUCCCACCUGUUGGUGUCCCUUCUGUAAGUGUUCGGGGUGUAGGCAUCGGGAGUGAACCUUGUGUAGAAGUAAUUUCCCCACUCGGUGUGUGUUACCCUGGAGCAGUAGCAUCCCCACUGGGUGUCUGCUACCCUGGAGUUGGAGGCCCCGUCAUGAAUGCAUGAAUGAAUCUUUAUGCCAAGCCAACGUCUUGGAAGCGAUUAGGACUUGCUGGCAGCAACAGAAACUGGAGCUCCCACCAAGAUUACAGGAAUGCAGAUGUGGUCAUGUAAUCAUUUUUUCACAACAUUGAUGCUGUUUUGCAUUUGCAUUCCAGUGAAUUUAUUACUUCCUUCAAACAAGGUGUGUGCUACUCACUGCUAUGUUUUACACAUGUGCACACACAGAUUUCCCUUGAGACAGUUGUACCUUCAUGAAACAUAACCUUUGUAUUGUUAUUAAUUUUUCCUACCCAUUAUCUCCAAAGCAUAGAAGAAAUCCAUAGUCUUUACUAGUAGGGACUGCAUUAAAGAUUUUUUUUUUUUUAGUUUCUCUUUGCAACAUUCAUUAAGAGCACAGUCCUAAACAGAGUUAUGCCUCUGAAUUGUAUAACUCUGUUUAGGAUUACACUGCAAGAAACUUGUGACCAUUUUCAUUGCAAUAUUACUGUGCUGGCUGUUGCAAAUAUAUUUGUCACAUUUUUAAAGAAAAACCUUUUCCAUUUUAUGCAUUCAUUACCCUGUUUCAUGGUAGCGUUCAGUGUAAACUCAUUCUAGACAAUUUGAUAAACAAGCUGUAUUAGCAUGAGAAAACAAAAUGUGACUGGUAGAACACAUGUUCAGAAAUCACAAUGUGCAAAGUCAACCAAUGUUACGUUAUAAUUUUAGACCACCUGUUAUGCAAAUGGGGGAUGGGUGCAGAACAGAGGAUUUACUGGCAGGGAUAGCAAUUAUGGGAAUCAUAAGUAUAAAGAGACUGGAGAUGAACAACCAUGCAAAGACAGAGGGAAAAAAUGACUUUUUGUCUAUGGAGAAGGAUGUGGGAUUCAGAUGCCCAGUCUCCUGACCCCAAAAAAAGUAACAGAUUCCCUAUAUGAAAGAUUUCUGAAUGCUAAUCCUUGGACAGAAAGUUAUUUCCCAUUGCCAUGAAGGCUAGAGACCAGCUUCUUUGAAAGAAAUAGAAACUUAGAACUGGUAUUCCUGUGAUUUUGCUUGUGCCAUUGGUUGGCAACCACGCAGCUUGUUUAGAUCCACCAGCUAUGUUGCAGCAGUAGCGCUUGUCAUUUGUGGCCAGUGGUUUCCCAAGCAAUAAGCAUUUCUCCUAUAAGCAGAGCUCAAUGCAUAACCCAAAGUACCAUUUUCAUAUGACCCCCAUCUUUCUUCUUCGUGGCCACUGUUGGCCCUGUAUCAGAUUGAAAGCUCUGCACUUUCGCAUGCAGCUGAUUGUCCCCGGGUGCUACGCCUCCAGCUGGUGUGUUUGGGCUUGGCGGGUGUUUCUCAUCUCAGUGCAUAAAAUUGUCACAAUGUUACAUUACACUUGGCAGGUGGUCAAAAAUGUCCACGUUUCUGCUCUUCUCUACAAUAAAAUGCAUGAAGAAUCAAACUGUUGUCAGUGAUAUCUUAGCAAGAAUGCCUUCUGGAAUAAAAAGUGACCAGACUAGAAUCAAAAGGACAUUCUGUGGAAAUUUUGAACUUUGCUAAGCUAUCACAAUUCAUAUUUGAUAUUCUGAUUUGGG